GCGCAAGUUUGGACGUGUGUUUUUGUUGAAUGUGUUGCGCAGCGCAGCAGAGUGUUGUUCCACCGAAAGCAAGCCGAUCACGCGCGUUCAGUUGUGUGCGGUCGGACGGACGAAGAAGCCAAGAAGCGAAAACUUCAGUCGAAUGUUGUGUGUGGUUUAAAAAAAAUUAAAUGGAUGCCAGCAGCAAGAGCGUCUUUUUGUUCGAAUUUGUGUCGCCGUCGUCGCGCUUUGUGCAGUCCCUCGGAAAUUGUGCUCAGUGAGAAAUAAUUAUCGUUGCGGGUGUGAAGAGAUUUUCAAUCGAUUGGAAAUUGAUUUUCUUUUGUGUAGUGGAAUUUUGUUUCCCAGUCCUUCAUAUUGAGGGAAGUAGUUUACGUUGAACGCGAAAAAGUAAAUAACCCAGUGUAGAAAAAUGGAUACGCCGAAGCGAAUUAAAACCAUUUCCUCACCGUACAUCGGCAGUCCUCCGUCAGCCAGUAAUCAAGCGAUGUUCGGUUCGCUUACGGCAGCGGCAACCGUAACACCCGGUGAUAGUAAACAUCUUUAUCACCAGUGGAACUCCGGUUGGCCACCGUCAUCACACGAAUCACUAACCAGUCCGGCAUCGACCUGCAGCUCGCCGGAUGUAAUCAUGGCGAAAACCCUAACGGGAACACCUACCACCCAUGGUAACAGUUGGAAACAUCAUUCCAGUGGUGGCAGCUCGGCGGAGAAGUCCGAGAACAAACGGGGCCGGCCGAGAUCGGAAGCCCUUACCAUUCUGAUGGUGGAGGGCUCGAUAUCUCCAUCGGCCAUUAAGUGCCGCUACUGUAAUCGCGUUUUCCCGAGGGAAAAAUCCCUCCAGGCUCAUCUCCGGACGCACACAGGCGAACGUCCCUACCAGUGCGACUACCCGGGAUGCACCCGAGCCUUCACCCAGAGCGGACAGCUGAAGACCCACCAACGGUUGCACACCGGCGAACGGCCAUUCAUCUGUGCCGCCGCCAACUGUCAGAUGCGCUUUACCCAUGCCAACCGACACUGCCCGGACCAUCCGUACGAUACGCUGAAACGAUGCGACGACUUUGUCAUCCAAACCGUACCGGAACAGAACUCCGAAGUUCUGAAAUGGUUGGACAAAUACCGACUGGAGCGUGAGGAUCGAACACCCACGCGUAAGACUCCGAAGAGGCCCAAUCACAGCGCCCAGAACGAGAAUGAGAACCGAGCGCAAUCGGUCGUGAACAACGAGAACUACGAAGCUAACGGAAGCGCAUUCCAGUCGCCGAUAACGCCGCGUUCGCCAUUCAAAAGCCGCAAGGGAUUGAUGUGCGAGCUGGACAUGAAUGCCGGUAUGGGUCUAUCGGCCAGUCCGAUCACAGCUAAAACCAAACCAAACCAACCCAAGCUUAUCCAAUGGCAUGAACCGACCAGCCAAGAAGAGGACGACUCCGGUGAUGAGUCCACUGGAGUGCCUGCUCGGUCGACGUUCAAUCCAAAGAAGAAGUGGCUACGUGAUGCAUGGCAGGAAGAUCUAGCUAAACCUUUAGAGCCCAGCAUCAUUUCACCACAGGCAUUAUCCAGUACCACCUCGACAGCCGCUCUGAAGCAGCAACUAAACCAGGAAAGCAACUACCUCAAACAAACGACAAACGGAGAAGCAGCGAAAGUAGCCGCUAUCAACCCUAACCAGAUGCGUCCAACAGUGCUAAUGGUAGCCAGCAAGCACUGCGCUCGUCCGCUCAAUGAACAACCGAUGAUUCCGGCAACCCAGCCGCAUCGGCCGGAAGAAACCAAUCGAAAACUCCAGGGAGCCCUCGCCCUAAUGCAGCUAGCCACCGAAGAUGCGGCCGCUUUUCUCGGUCAAUACAGUCCGGAUGCUGGCAAUGAAAUCAUGGAUAACCGCGAAACCAGUUCCACUGUUACAUCCCCGUCGUCAUCAUCCUGCUCGCCACCAGUGACUACGGCAAGCUUCCUAACGCACCAACCCCUCCGAAUACCGAUGAUUUCCCACUUGUCGGGGGACAUCGACCAUAGCAUCCCAUUCACAAUCGCCGCCGAGGGCUACGUGAACUAUCAGUAACAAGUGGUGUACAAUUUUGCGCACCGUAGACCCCCCCAAAUAAUGUUCGAUCUCUUUAAUCUCUUUCGCAUUUCUACCUACUGCAUCUUUCGAAUCGUUACUAAAAAAAUUAUCAUUUUAAGUUUAUCCAAAGAAGCAAAAUUGAGAAAUAACGGGGAAAAGUAAGUAUAUCACGUGCUCCGUAAACUUUACCCUGUGAUGUGUCUGUGUAUCUUUAUUUUGUAAGUUCUACUCAUUAUUGUUUCACAUUUAGAAGAUUUUAACACGUUCGAACUUUUGAAAUUAUCAACGUAACUCCCGCGGUUCGAUUCAAGAAAACACGACUUGAACGAUGGCGUGGCUACUCCUUUGUAGCAUACUUUUUACCAUAAUUACCGUUUAUGCUUAUUUAUAUUAUAUAUUUUUGCUUUAUAUAUUCACAUAGAGUAGACCAGAUGCAGAUGAGAAUGAGAGCUAUUUAUUGUUUUU